CGGCUGGGUGCUGGGUUCCAGGCUAUCCCUGUGAUGGUAGCUCAGCGAGAUCUGGGGACCUGACGCUGAGCGCGUUGCCAACCAGGAUCUUCCUCUUCAUCUAGGCCCAGGCGCUGGCAUGAGAACCUGGUCUGGGUCCUGGACGAGCGCCCCCCGAAACUUCUCGGAACCUUGAAUAAGUAAAAUGCAGGAAGUUUGCUAAAGAUAUCACCAAAGGUUAGAGAGAAAACCAUCUAGAGGAAAUGCUGGCAGUAUGGCAUGUGUUCACUCAAAAAUCUCUACAGCAAAUUCUCUCGUUUUAGGGGCUAUCCAGAUUAUGAUUGGCAUCUUUCAUGUUUUCAUGUGGUACUUCCUAUUGGUUUUGUAUAAGGGGCAAAUUAAAGGAGCCUUUGGAAUAUAUGAACCUAUAACUUACAAAACAGGAUGUACUUUGUGGGGAAUUUUUUUUAUCAUUGCAGGAGUCUUCAUAAUAGCAGUAACAAAGUAUCCAACUCGAUCUGCAAUUAUAUGUACUUUAAUCAUAAACAUCUUCUGCAUAAUAACUACAAUUACUGCAGUAACUCUAACAAUAAUAGAGUUGUCUCAUUUCAAUUCUCUGUCAUACAGGAAUUAUGGACAAGCAAAACUUGGGAGGGAAGUAUCACGUAUUUUACUGUUCUUCUACCCUUUGGAAUUUUCUGUUGCACUUAUAUACUCAGUAUGUAGCUGUUCCAAUUUG